AUGACUUUGACAUGUAUUCCAGCACAAAAUGUAGAUGUUACAACUACGACAACUGCGAAUCCUUUUCCUUGCUCGGUGUGCAAAAAGAUAUACAACACUGGAUGUCAAGGCUAUGGGACUCCGAGUGUUACAAACUGGUGUACACCAGAAGCAGAUGUUCCAGUAACCUAUUCUUUGGAAGAACCAGGAUAUUCAGUUGGUUAUUUUGAUCUCACCGUAAAAAGUUGUGUAACAACACUGAGCUGUCCAUCUGGAACAGUUAAUUGGUACAUAAUUGAAAAGAUGACUGCCGAGACACCAGGAAAUAAUUUGGGUGUGUUACCAACGACGGCAUUCUGUGCAGAGUCUGGGCCAGAAGCAGGAGUUUGCAGAACAUGUGAAGCGAAACGUACUCAAUUCGAGGCAAAAGUUCAAUCAGCAGUAUUGCCAGUUUCAUCAAAAGAAGUUGCGCUUGUAACAUCUUCUCCAUCAUCUUCUUCAUCUGAAACUUCAAUUGAUACAUUGGGAUCAUCAAGAGUCAAAAGACAAGGAGGAUGUGGUUGCUGUGGAUGUGGAUGUGGAUGUUGCGGAUGUGGAGGAGGAGGUGGAGGAUGUGGAUGUUGCUGUUGCAGACCAAGAUGCUGCUGUUGUUGCCGUCGUUGUUGCACCUGCUGCCGUACUUGCUGCUGUACUAGAUGUUGUACUUGUUGCCGCCCAUGUUGCUGUGGAUGUGGAUGCGGAUGCUGUGGAUGCGGAGGAGGAGGACGUAAGCGUCGUUCUCUCCAGAAUCUUCGUAUCGAUGAGGCCAACAGAGCUCUCGGAAUCAAGAGAAGACCAGCUAAAGGAGGAGACAAGUGUUAA